AUGCUUAUCAUCAAAAGUGAUUGCUCACUUAGUGCUACUGCAUUUAUGGAAAACUUACUCAGAGUUCAUGCAUCGAAAAGAAUGCAGCAUCAAUUUUCAAUGCGAGAUGAAUGCCUGAAUCGUGUCAUAUCAGUUGUCAACAACCCACCGAGAAAGAAUGCAGUGAUACAUUUUUUUGGUCAGCAGAUACAGUGUAAACAAGAAGGUUUAGAGCAUACUACAGAGAGGGAAGAUGAUACUGACACUAGAUUCGGACAGAGUAACUCCAUUUUAGGUAUUGCACUUCGUGAUAAUUUGACUUCCGCUAUUAUUGCGAACCAUAAAUUUAGUUCAUAUAAAAUAUUACGUCUUCAUAAGUACUAA